ACUACAAGGAUUUUGUCCUGCUUCAUUGAAUUGCUACUCGUCGAAGAAUGUUGUCCAAGCAUUAUUUCUCGUUACUGCUCGUCUCCUUUUUAAGUGUAGGGAGAUGCCAGGAUGACGAUGGAAUUUAUAAAGUAGGAGUAGGUAUUGGGGACAUAACUGGGCCACCUGCCGGAACUCCACUGAAUGGAUUCAUCGGUUGGCUUCAAGCCGCCGGGAUAUACACUCGGCAGUACGCCCGAGCUUUUGCCGUUGAGUCCGUCACCUCUGGUAAUGUGGUGGUCUACAUCACCUGUGAUAUGGGAAUGAUCGACCAUUCGCUCGUCGAACAAGUUGUUCUCAAGCUACAGAGAAAAUAUGGAGAAAAAAUUAGUGUGAAGAAUAUCAUGGUUUCCGCAACUCAUACACAUUCUGGCGUCUCGGGAUUCAUGACGUAUUAUGCCUUUCUGUUGAUUGAGUCGAAGGGAUUCAAUCCUGUUUCUUAUUGGAAUUCUAUUGAUGGUAUCUAUGAGGCGGUUGAUAACGCCCUAACUUCCGCCCAACUUGGAAGGAUAUACUACACCAGUGGAGUGCUGGAAAGGGUGAAUGAAAAUAGGCGGAGGGAGGGGGCCUACUUGAGAAACCCGCAGUGGGAACGGGAUCUCUAUAACACGACCGUAGAUGUGGUUAUGGACCUUUUCAAAUUUGAGACUUUGGAUUCAACCCCUCUCGGAGCGUUUAAUUGGUUUGCUGUCCAUCCUGGCGAUUUCAAUGAAGGAGGCGACAAUCCUCUUGUGUCUUCUGACCACAAAGGAUAUGCGUCUCUAUUGUUCGACUACAAGAUGAAUCCUGGAAAACGACCGGGACAAGGUGAUUUUGUAUCUGGGUUUGGGUCUGCAAAUCUUGGAGGAGUUUAUACGUCAUGGGAAGAAGCCGAUGUUCCCCCACGGCCACAACCCGAAGAUCCAGAUGUUACUCCCAGACUGCUACGAAUGAAAUACGCCGGGCAAAGACAAUUUGACCAUGCCUGGGCUUUAUUUGAAAAUGUUGAGAACCACAAUUUGGUAACCGGUCCGAUCGGGUAUUCCCAUCAUUUUGUUGAUGUUCAUGUUGAGAAUGUUCCGCACUUUAAUGAAAGCUCUGGGGAAGUUGAGAAUGUCUCGCUGUGCAAGGCUGCCAUGGGGGUUGCAUAUUUCAGAGAAUUCGAUCCUGAGGGGGAACUGUGGGAAAUUAUUCGUGACCUGAUCAAAGUUCCUUCAGAAGAAAUGACCGAAUGUCAAUUGCCUAAAGGAAUCAUGAUCGCUGCCGGCGAAAUGGACGAACCAUGGGCAUGGGCACCGAGAAUCUUUGCCGUUCAAUAUUUUCAAAUUGGCACGAUUUCCCUGCUCGGGUUACCCGGUGAGUUUACAACUAUGGCGGGCCGAAGGGUACAACGAGCUCUGAAAAACGUCACAGAAUCCACCGUUAUUCUUGCUGGACUUUGCAAUAACUACAUAAACUAUGUCACCACGCCGGAAGAAUAUGAUUAUCAAGCAUUUGAAGGUGGCGCCACCAUUUUCGGAAAGAACACCGUGCCUUUAGUGACGUAUUGGAUGACUGAAAUGGCCAAGGCUGUUAAAGAGAAUGACCCUGACAGAAUUCCAAGUGGACCAUCUCCUCCGUCUUUUCUGGAUUUAAUGAGAACCGAAGUAGUCCCCGCACCUGACCCUCUCCCACCUCUUAAAUUUGGUUCCGUUAUUCGUGAUGCCGAACCGGAGUAUGACAGUGCCACAGACAUAGAAAUCUCUGUCGUAUUUAUUGCGGGAUCACCACGCAAUUCGGGCUUAAGGAAGGGGACAUUCUUCAUAGUUGAGAAGAAAAUUGAAAUAACUGGGCGCUGGGGUGUUUGGAGGACUGAUGCUGAUGUGGAUACUUUGUUCCAUUGGAGGGGACCUGAGAUCCGAGAAGUAGAAGUACGGUGGUUCCUCAGCCCCGACAUGGAACCCGGAACAUAUAGGAUUCGGCAUUUUGGAUACUAUAAGUUAACAGUGGAAGGAAAUAUGCAUAACUAUGAGGGAAAAUCGAGGGAAUUUUUAGUGAAAUAAUUAAUUGCACGCAUAUUGUUAGCAACUGCGUUCGAAAUUAAACUCGGUUUAUGUAUAUGACACAAAUUGUGUUGUAUAUUUAAUUAAUCAAAUGAAUAAAUUAAUGCACACCAAGUUAUUUCGAUUGGGAAUGUUAUGAAAUUUUGGUCUAUCAAAAAACGUAAAUGUAUAACGAAUAAAAAAUAAUAUUUGCAAAA